AUGGGGGCGAGCGACUCCAAAAUUGUAUUCAAGCAGGGCAUCUUCAAGCUGUCGGAGGAUCGUAGCAUCGCAGCGGAUGACAUCUAUUGGACCUCGUUUUGGGAGCUUCCGGAAUCUUCCGAAGAUGUUUUUAGUCUCUUCUCGCCCGCGGACAUUCGUCGAACCCGCGAUCAAGCUCUGGAGAACAUCGAAACGCUCGUGCUUGCGCUGACGUCUCGCUUGUUCAUCCUUCGACACCACCCGUCCUUUCCCGACCCGGAGCUCGCGCCGGAGCGAGAUGCCCUGAACUGCAUCAGAAUUCUCACGAGGCUCCUGCCAUACCUGUACGAAAAGGAGAGCCUUGCCUCGUGGGAGGAGCGUUUCUUUUGGGGUGCCCGCCGGAAGAAGACGCGCAAGGCUUCGAUCGCCGCCGAAGUGCUGUUCGACGGCGCCCAGGACAACAAGCCCAUACCCAACCCGGAUGCGGAGGAGUACGAGGAUGCGAAGCCGUUGGGCGAGGAGCUGAUAGACACGCUGAUCGACCUACUCUUCUACUCGGAAUUGACCAUUCCGCGCCAACCACGCGGCCAUCCGAAAGUCAGCUACGCCAUCUGGCAGAGUGGUGUUGGGUGCCACAAUGCCGUGGCCACGACCAAGGAAUAUGAAAACAAUCGAUGCGAGAUACUUCGGCUGCUCCUCGCUCUUGCCGGUCAAAGCAUGUACAUAGCGCCGAACGUCUUGCCGCAGCAGGGCGUGCGAACGCUCACCUACCUCUGCACCUGCCAGGACAAGCAGAUUGUGCUUUCUGUCUUGUGCUCUCUGCUCAACACGGCGCUGAAAUACAACCCGGCAAGUUGGCGAGUGCCGUACAACAACCUUGUUUUCAAGGACGGAAAGCAGAUGUUGGUGACGGACUCGUUGCAGUUUCUGCUCGCGUUGCUCGUGUACACGAUUCCGGAGCAGGCACCGGUGCAGAAGAACUAUUACCGGCAUUUUCUCGGACGCCUUCAUCGCCCUCAAGAUUUCCAAUUCAUCGUCGACGGCAUGCAUCGGAUUCUCAGCCAGCCGCUGCAGGAGAAGGCGUCGUACCUGCCCGGCACCCAGGCGUCGGGAAACUUUGCGCCGGAGAUGCUGAUGCUCUUCUGGGAAACGACGCAGUGCAACAGGAGGUUUCGAUCCUUCAUCAUCGACACGGACCGAGCGCACGACUUUGUCGUUCUCACGCUGUUCUACGCGCUCGAGUACAGGAACGAGGCUGCCAAGCAAGGCAUCGUUCGCAUGUGCGCCUUCCUCUUGCAAACGCUGAGCGUCGAGCCAACCUUUGGCGCGAGCUUAAACAAGCGAUUCGAGGGCCAGGACAGCCUCCCGGCCGGGAUCCGGAUCAACGGUUUCAGGGGCACGUAUACCGACUUUCUCAUCCACUCAAUCUACAGCCUCAUCACGAAGAGCCAGGGCAGCCUCGCGGCCAUAUACCCUGCCCUGUUGGCCGUCAUCAACAACAUCGCCCCCCACGUCGAGAACCUGGGCGCCACCGGCGGCUCGCAGCUGAUGCACUUGUUUUCGUCCAUGUCGUCGCCGUCGUUCCUUUUCGCCAACGAGACGAACCACACGCUCCUCCGCUCCCUGCUGGAGUCGAUCAACUGCAUCAUCGAGAACAAGGCGCGCAAGAAUGCGGAGCUCGUGCUGGCGGUGGUGAAGAACAGGAAGCGGAUCGAGGCGCUGCGAAACUUUACCCUCGAGAGCGGCCAGGAGGAGAUUGAGGCGUGGCACAGGCGCAGAAAAGAGGGAGGCGGAAACGGUGACGUGUUCGAGCCGGCGUCCGGGCGAAGCUCGGCCGAGAGCGCGCGGAGCCCGAGGAGCGCCGUGUCUCGGGCUCAGUCCCUCUCGGAGGUGCCGGAGGUCGGUGCGUUUGCCAUCGGCGACGACGAGGACAGCGACGACGAGGCGCAGCCGACGCCCGAGCGCUCGACGACGAGCGAUAACCGUUCACGGACGUCGUCGGUGGCCAACGUCAACGACGCGGUGCCCACGCAGCUCCGGGGCAUGUCCGAGAAGGCGCGCGGCAAGCUGCCGGCCGGGGCCCGGUCGUUUUCGCGGCAGGGUAGCACGGCCAGCCUGGGGGCGCAAUCUACGUCUGCCGGCGCGCAAGCGGGGGCGUUUGAGCCGACGGCUUACUGGAUCGACAGCUGGCUGCCGGAGCUGCCCCUGCACACGCUCAUGAUGGUCGUCCAGCAGGUGUUGAGCCUCUACCCGCAGCAGCAGAAGCCCGGCAAGGAGGCGGCGUCGGCCGAGAUGCUUCGGCGCAUCCGGGAAAUCGAUCUCGUCGGGUUGGAGGCGUCUCCGCCGCGAACUCAAUCGUUCGAAUGGUCGCAGCUGGCCAUGACGUGGUACGAAUCGCUCCUCUGGGGCAACAUCUUCACGAGCGAGAUGCAGGUUGCGAAGGGAACGACGGGCAUCUGGAACGGGACGGCCAUCAAGCUUUUCCGGGUGCAGGAAACGGCGCCCGAGGGUCCGACGCUCACGUCGCCCCGUGGCGCCGUCGACGCCGUCGGAAGCAACAUCGUGUCUCGGAUCGGGUCGAUGAAUCUGCGUCGGGGGUCCACCAAUCCAAGCACCAGCCCCCCGCCGCCGAGAAGCGGGACGUGA